UCCUGCGCCUGCUUGUGGGUGAGUGUGCGCGCUUUGUUCCCCCGUACUUCCGCUAAGAGCGCAGCACCAGACAGUCUGCAACAGGUGUCCACUUGGGACCUGUGAGUUUCUGGUCGCUGGAGAGGUCGGUGCAGCCAGAGUCGGCAGGAUGGAGGAGGAGGCCCUUAGCUUCCUGGAGAGGUUCGUCAAAGAGUUCCCCUCUGCCCUAGAUGAAAACAGUUCACUGCCCGUCAGCCCUUUGAGCCGCAAGGUCUCCCUGGAGGAACUACAUGGAGAAAGCCUGGACUUGGGCCUGAGGCUGCUGGCUUCCAGGAGUGCUCCUGCAGGCCUCAGUGCCCUCCUGUGCCAGGCAGCACUGGCCCAGCUGCUCCAGAUAGACCUUUCCCCUUUCCAUUGCCUCAAGGAAGCUGAAGCUAAUCAGAAAGAGGAAGAGACAGUAGUCUUACUUCAGUCGGAGGCAGUACAACGUCUCUUCCUUAACAAGCUGAUAGAUGUAGCGCUGGAAUGGUACCAAAACCUCCCCAAGCUGUCCCUCUCCCCUUCUCGCAUCCUCCGCUGCUCUGUUCAUGCUAUCAAGAACACAAGGAGGAAGAUGGAGGACAAACACUUGGUGCUAGCAGAGUUCAACCAGCUUUUUGGAAUCCAGGACAGAGUAGAGCGUGCCUACUAUGCUGUGUUUGACGGCCACGGAGGGCUGGAUGCUGCUGUCUAUGCUGCCACUCACCUCCAUGUUGCUCUGAGUAAACAGGAGACACUGCAGAGCAACACCGACACAGCCUUUAAAACUGCCUUCAAACACAUCGAUGACAUGUUCAGAGGCAAAGCCAAGAGAGAGCGUCUGCGGAGCGGCAGUACGGGAGUGGCGAUACUGAUACAGGCCAAGCAGCUGUCUGUGGCUUGGCUGGGUGACUCUCAGGCCAUACUGAUCAGAAAAGGACAAGUUGUUACACUCAUGGAGCCGCAUAAACCAGAGAGAGAGGAUGAGAAACAGAGAAUUGAGGAUCUUGGAGGCUGUGUUACCUUCAUGGGUUGCUGGCGUGUUAAUGGCACAUAUGCUGUAUCCAGGGCCAUAGGUGACUUUGACCAGAAGCCCUAUGUCUCUGGAGAUGCUGACUGCUCAACAAUGCAGCUGCUGGGGGAUGAGGACUACGUGCUGCUGGCGUGCGACGGCUUCUUUGAUGCGGUCAAACCUUCUGAGGUCCCCCAUCUUGUUCUGGAUGCGCUCCAGCAGCCUUGUGAACCUGAAGGAGGAGCUUCACUGGAACAGCCUGAGGAUGCUGUGGGGCAGAGAGUUGCUCAGCAGUUGGUCAGUCAUGCUAAGGCAGCUGGAUCAAGUGAUAACAUUACAGUCAUGCUGGUGUUCCUUCGUCCACCAGUCCAGCUCCUUACUCAGCACUCCAUCGCAGGAACUGCACAAGCUACGCAGUACUUCACUUCUCAAGAUGCACCACAGCAGUGAUGGAGUAGCUCCCUCACCCAGACACCACUGUGCCAAGACACUGCCACACUCACAAUUUCUCAGCCAGCUUUUCCCGCAGGUGCAGUUAGAUAUUUGGCAGACUGGCUAAGCUCAUGUAUUGUUAGCAUACACAUCAACACAGCAAAGUCUAGUCUCACUGCAGCACCGCUCAUGAGUAAAAGCUGAUUCAGCUGUGUUCAGGCCACGUCAUUCACAUUCACAUGGAGGUCUGAUAAUAAUGCCACAGACUAAUGCAAUGCAGCAAGUUGUGUGCCUUAAACAUGUCCUCCUAGCCAGUUCAUCACUAGCCAUGUCACCAGCUGAAAAGUCAUGUGAUUCAAAAUGAAUUAAAGAAUAGACGUCAUUUCAGCAUUGAAUCAAUUUGCGUGUGUACACAUACGCAUGAGUUAAUCUUGUUUUGCUUUUAAUGUCAGUAUUUAUCAUUCAUAUUGCACUAACUGUAGUAAGGCUUUGUGUCAUUGGGGGACUUAAGCUCUCGGUACAAAAUUACUCAUGAAAUCUUUUGAGGAGGCAAAGAAAAGCUGUAGAGAUUUGAAUUGUGAGAUUUAAUCACUACAUAAUAUGUACUGUUAAUGAAUUCAUAUGUAAGAAAUACUGUCUAAUACUUCAAAAUCAUCUCUCUGAAAGUAGUUUAAAGUCUAUUUAAAGAUGUUGCAGUUUCAAAACUGCUACACAAAUUCAGGUAAAAAGUUGAAAUGUCUGAAAUGUCAAGUCAUCUGAUUAAGUUAAAAAAAAGAAAUAAAGGUUUUUAAACAAAAUGGACCACGUGGGCACCCCGGUAGCUCAACUGGUUGAGCAGUUGACCCACAAACAGGCGCUAGGCCCCAACGCAUGGCCUGGAGUCCACCCCACGGCUGUUUGCUGCAGGUCCUUCCCCUCUCUUCUCCCCACAUGUCCUGUCUCUCUCCACUAUACUCUACAAAAAAGACACACAAAAAAAUAGACCAUGUCAAAUAACCUAAAAAAUAUUCCAUCCCCUUAACUCCUGAAUUGCUAUGCUAAGCCUGCGAUGUUGAACAACAUGCCUACGUUAGAGCAGAUAAACACAGUUUAUUCGAUUGCUUCCUCUCAGGCUUGUGUGGUUUUAGCAAUGUUGAAAUGGCAGGCAAAAGAAACCAUCCUGAGAACACAGUGCUUCAAAAUGUGGAGAAAUCCAAAGCUUGACAAGUCUGCCAGACCGGCACACAGGCUGCGAACCCAUUUAGGGAAGGCUUUUACCAAAAACUCAAAUCAAACCACAUGAAUACGGAUGGUUGUAACAGAUUUAAUAUAUUUAUUGGUGUUUAAAUUUCAACAGUCACAAUCCAGUAGUGAUUAUAUUUCAUAGAGCUUUAGGUGUAACUGAAAUUUCAAAUCCUGACAGCCUUUCUUUGCUUCCACAUUGUCUGUUCCAGAAAGAGAAGCGUUUCUCCCCUUUUUCUCCUCACCAUUAGGACAGUCUGUUACCUUUUCAAUCUCUGUAUUAAUAUGUUUUGUCAAACAUUAGUUCUCAUCCACCAUGUUUCAUCAGUAUGUUCUCUUUGCAUCAUCAGUAUUAUGUGUUUUUAUAUGUUUGAUUACACUCAUGGAACUGAUGCAGAAAGUCUCACUAACUCAGGCUUUGCAGUUGGAUUGGAUUCACUCUGACAUUAUUAGUUAUAUACCGUCAGUCUAAAACUUGCCGGUCAGCCUUCAAAGACUUUUCAUUGCUGGCAGCGUGACUAAUUAAAGUCUUCUAACUGACUAUGUCCGGCCAGCAUCCUUGAGCUGUAAUUCUGAGGUGCUCGAGUAAAAACUUCACAUGGGAUGAGUUUUGAAGCUCUGACAUUUUCUGAAGGUUUUAGGGAUAUUAAGAUGACAGAGGAUCCACAGAUAUCAGUUUGCAAGGUGCACCUGGGUGGCCUCACUAGGGGUUGAUCUGCUGAGGUAAGGGACCACUGAUGUAGCACAUUAUGCUUGAUUUACUGGACCAAAAACUGACAGUAUUUCUGACUCCUGUGUUUGAUUUUUUUUUUUCUUACAUGUUUUUAAGUAGCUGUUCUUAAUCUUGUCUGUCUGAAAACAUUCAUGUCAAGCUUACAGCUGAGAAGAUUCUUGGAUGUAAUAAUACAUCAUAUUGACCUGAUGGUUUGUGGUUUUAUGUCAUAUGUACUAUUAAUGACUGAAUAAAAGAAGAAGAUUCAACUUUGUUAUUGCACAGACUACCA